AUGCUGGUAAUGCGCGGGGUCUCUCAGCGGGCAUCGUGGAUCCCAAAGAACAUUCUCGACGAUGUCAACCGUGGGACCGUGGACUUAACGCCGAUACCCACACCCAUACCCUCCCCAGCACCAGCACUGGCACUUCAUCCUCAUCCUCAGAGUCCUAGCCGAGCCCCUCCUCACACAAACAAUCAAGCCCCAGGACCUCCUCCUCCUUCCAAGUCGACUCCUUAUCCUCCUUAUCCUUUGACUCCUUCGACUCCUUAUCCUCCUCCUUAUCCUCCUUCCGAGUCGACUCCCGUUUCGAAUAACACAAAUCCAAACUCGACUCCUGUUCCGAAUACUCUAAACACAAAAGACCCGACGAACACCAAAGACACCAAAGACACCAAAGACACGAAGAACUCAACGAACACAACGAACACAAAAGACACGAAAGACACGAAAGAAACGAAUUCAUCCAAGUCCUCGAAGGCACGACGCAGAGCGCGUGGGACGCGUUGGUGCAUGGGUCGUUUAAUCCGUGAAUGGGGUGAAUGCGUGAAGGAGAACAGGAGAGCGCAGAAGUUGUCUAGACUCUACAAUGGAGUGGGGGGUGUUGAACGGGAAUCUGAAGGACAGUUUUUGGUUUUUUUCAAAGUCUUUGGUUUCUUUUUGAAUGGUGUAGAAUUCAACACCUAA